CAACUGAAACCACGCGCUGCCCCCGACUCCCCUUCACAGGCAGACACACACCCCGCCGGGGCAGGGCGACGCCGCCGCGGCCAGGAGACUCGGAGGCAGGCAGCGCAGCCUCGCAGGCGGAAGAAGGGGCACCGUCGCCAGCGUCGCGGGAUGGUGGCGUGGUGGCGGAGGAAGGUGGUGCCCCGCGCGCGCCGCGCCUGGGCCGCCGUCGCCGCGCGGCUCCGCGCGCGCAAGCCCGGCAGUGGCGGCAUCCUGAAGCUCCACGAGGACGUGCAGACCUGCGGGUACAAGGACGUCCAGGUCAUGUUCGACAUGCUGACCUCGGAGCUCGAGGCAGCAGCUCAAGCCCAGAAGCCACCGCCGUCUCCGCCGCGCAAACAGGCGCCACCGCCUGUGUGGCCUGGCCGGUCCUCGUCGACGAUCGCAGCUGCACAGUAGGAUCCGGCAAAGCAGAAAUGAAUGCGUCGGUCGAGUACUAGCAGUCCCUUACAGUCUUUUAAUACCAGGCGUCCUCCCCCUGCCGUUCUUCCGCCAAAAAGAGCGAAAAAUCGCAGCAAGAACAAUAAGCGAGAGGCUCCCAAACGUCAUGUUUUGAGGUGUGUAGAUAGAGAUGAUUAUGAACCAAUGCUGGACAUUUCUUUCGCUACUUCAGAGGAAGAGGGAGCAAGAGGGGUUACUUUCGAUUCUGUGGUGUAUUUUUUUUUUGUUUUGUUUCAACAUGCUGCUAUUUGGUUUACAGCUUCAGAUGUUCUUACGGGAGCUACUGAACAACCAGUUAUACAAUCAUUCCUGAACA